UCCCGGUAAACCAUUGCUAACUUAACCCAUACGCAGCGUGUUGUAAUUUGAUCGCAUAGCUGUAGGAGUCUUGCAAAAUGGCCAUGCUUAUGCAGCGGAUGAACCUGCGCGUCCAAGCGGCGCCUGCUGUGGCCUCGCGCAGUUCUGCCUUCAUGGCGUCUCCUGUGGCCCCUAAGCGCGUCGCCGUGGCGCCGGUGAAGGUGUCACCGACGACUGUGACCGUGGAGUGCAAACUUAAGACUCGCAAGGCUGCUGCCAAGCGCUUCAAGGUCACUGGCAGCGGCAAAGUCAUGGCCCGCAAGAGCUGCAAGCAGCACUUCAACGAGAAGAUGAGCCGGGACAAGAACCGGGAUCUCUCAAAGAUGUUUGUGGUGAGCCCCGCGAACAUUGAGAACGCCAUCAAGUGCCUUCCCAACCACAGCAUCGGCAAGUAGAAUGUACAGCACGCAUCUGCAUUACAGCACUGAACUGUACGGCAAUGUAAUGGGCUUUUCCGGGGAGUUGCGGGAGGCAAGCGAUGCAGCGCGGUAAAGUAAAGUUGGUGUUGGCAGCUGCAGCUUAAGUGUGAGGUGUAUCCUCAUAUUAACGCCUGCGCAACGGCAGCAGGGCUGGCGGCAGCGGAGAAGUUGUAACGGCGGCGGCGUCUCCACCACGGCUGCAGGCAGCGGCGUUACGACAGCAGUGCUGCAAAUCUGUCGGGAGGCUUGACGGCGGUGACAGAGUUUGGUGCCCUCGAAUUCAGGGGGCAAGGAGUGCCGUUUCACUGAGAGGGGACCCAGUGCCUGUGCGUGCAGCAGCUAAAUGCAGUGUGAAGGAUGAGUGGUGGCUGCUUAGGGGAGGAUGUGUGGUGAGUAGAUCCUCAGAGCGCACCGGCGAUUUUGUGCACCGCAGCCGGGCGCUCUUUUUUCCACGUGUCGAGGCAGUGCGCUGGAGUCAUACAGCAGUGGUUCUUGGGUUUUGACAGGUCUCAGUGUUGGGUGCGAGGUGCCCUAGACAACGUGGUAACCGUAUUGGUUGAGGCCCUUGAGUGAGGCCCUUGAUGGGUCGCCUCUUUGUAUGCGUAUGGCGCAUGGGACGUGCAUUUCUCUCCUGCUGCUGCCGCUGCAAGAAGGAAGACCGAGGAAGCGAUGUUUGCUGCAAGUACGUGGGUAGUUGGUUCAUAGCUGCAAGGCGAGAGACCGACGGUGCUUGUGUUGUUUGUUUUAACGAAGGGGUCACAGCGCGCCCGCCUAGCCCAGCUGUCCCGCUGGACCAGGUUUUGAGUGUUCCUCCACAUCGUGCGCCUUGACAUGGCUGCUGACCUGGGAGGACGGAAUGCACGGCUACCGGCCUGAGAGGGCGAUGGUGGCUUAUUGGAAGAAAGGCGGUGCGUGCUGGCCAUGAUGUAAGAAGCACGGGGACGUGAGUGCUGUUUAUGUGUAGUCCGAGCGUCAAAUCCAUCUUAUCUUGGAGGUUAAUUUAGUGGCAUGCUUCAACCUAGCUCAUGUGCAUGCCAAAGAGUAUGGGUAAGACGGCAGUGAUUGGGACCGGCAGUUCACAGUCGUCACAUGCAGUAUCGCUACCAAGGGUUUGGGUAUGUCUAUGAAGGACAUGCAAACAAAUCACGAUUGGUAGGAAGGGGUUGGGUGCAUUGUGGGGCCGUAGGGGGCCUGCUUGGGAGCAUGGUAGGAGCACGAAAAGCAUCAGGGAAAGGACGGCGCCGAGCUUGGCUGAGAGCUGCAGUGAUAAGCAGCAGCAUGCCACACCCCCCUGCAGCACUGUAUGGUCAACGGGAAGACGUGGGUGAGGAGAAUGGAGGCGAAUAGAUGAGUGAGUAGGUAGGUUGCCUGUUUCACGGUGAAUCAUGUUGUACGGCAUGUCCAUCCCGGACUCAAACGUGUUCGAAGUGCAAAAGUCGUGAAGCCUAGCCAAAUCGCAUAGCAGAAUCAGUCCAAAAUUGAAAGAAAGAAACGCCUAAUGCAUGACCAGAAACCAUCUAGGGACACCUGAAAGAUACUAAAGCUAACUUUCACCAAUUAUAAAAAUGCGUCAAUCCUUCAACUGAUUUAUGUAGACGUUGGGUGUUACCAUGUGCACUAAUAUGGCCAUAACCUUUGGACUCUAGAGACGAAAGCAAGGAAAGCGUAUACCAUCGCACUUCCCUUCACGCAUCUUAGCCCAAGAUGAGGGCAACAUUGCCUUUAAUCUUUCUUUUGCACGUUGUGCUGGCAUUAUCUGGAAGCGACUUCGAAGAGCGACUGAUUGGAUGGCAGGGUGAAACCUAUACCCAUAGCCAUGGCCCGCCUGACGAGUGGGCCUUGACGUUGGAUGAGCCGGAGGGAGUCCCCUGGGUUGAGACCGUGUCCUGGUCCCCGCGUGUGUUCGUGUACCACAACUUCCUCUCCUCUGCGGAGUGCCGCCACAUCAAGAGGGUGGCAGCGCCCAUGAUGAAGCAAAGCUCGGUGGUGGGUCAAAAUGGCUCUUCCGUACUAGAUACCUACCGCACAAGUUACGGCACGUUUGUAAAACGGCGGCAUGACCCGGUAAUAGAGCGCGUGUUGAGGCGAGUAGCGGCCUGGACCAAAACACCCGUCGAGAACCAGGAGGAUCUGCAGGUGUUGCGGUACGGUGUGGGUCAGAAGUACGGCGCCCACACGGACUCCCUCAUAGAUGACAGCCCGCGCAUGGCAACGGUGCUGUUGUAUCUGCAUGACACGGAGGAGGGCGGGGAAACCGCCUUCACCUCCCCCGCGGCCAGCUGGCUGGACCCCCAGUUGGAGGAGCGGCUGGGGCCCUUUUCGGAGUGCGCUCGAGGGCAUGUGGCGUUCCGCCCCAAGAAGGGCGACGCGCUCAUGUUUUGGUCGAUCAAGCCUGAUGGCACCCACGACCCGCUCAGCAUGCACACGGGCUGCCCUGUCGUACGAGGCGUAAAAUGGACUGCCACGUCAUGGGUCCAUACCAUGCCGUACAAUUACGAAGAUUACCUUAAACAAGGGAAUCCAGGGAAGGGGGGCAGAGGAUCAGGAGGAGAUGAGGAGCGCGAGGGGGAACCGGGAGCGUGUGAGGACUUCCACAGCCAAUGCAGCACAUGGGCGUCCUCGGGAGAGUGCUCCAAGAACCCCACCUACAUGAACGCCAACUGCGGCCGCGCGUGUCGCCGCUGCGAGCCCUGCGAUGCGGAUCAGUUGAGCGGCACGGAGCGCCUAGCUUGCAUCAACCGCAAUCGGAAGAAGCUGGGAUUCCUGGUGUACGACACGACGGAGUUGGAAUGGUAGUGAUGAUUGUGAUGGUGGGGUGGUGUCGGUGGUCGGCUGCUAGGGUACCGCUACCCGCCUUGUGUUACAGCCACUGCGCUUUGUGUCGCGCCAUUAGUCCUGCCUGCUGUAACUCUCGUUGCCGCUGCUCUUGUUAUGUGCGCUCUCGUAAGGCCAACACUGCCG